AUGCCUUCAAAGAAGAAGUAUGGAGGUGGACAGCCAGAGGUGUGCAUUGAUUUAGAUGAUUCUUUCACACCUUUGGUUGUUUCAGUGGAUGUGCCAAAGGUCAAGAAAGAACCCCCUGACAUUGGUCCAAAGAGAGAGAGCAGUCCAAGAAAAUCCCCUCGUCUUCAGCAAGUCUUCACUGACGAAGAUGAGGAGGAAGCGAGCUCUGAUGGAGAUUUUCUAUCCUCCUCUGAUGAGUACCAGCCAGAAUCUGAGGAGGAAUAUUUGGAGUCUGGGAGUGACCUUUGGGAGGAGAGUGAUGACAGUGAACCACAAGAGAUCAAGGUCGAAAUGGAUAUAGGUCAGGUUUGCCUUGAAAAAGGAGACAAAGUGAUGUAUCCGACAAAGUCAAGAAAGUCAAUAAAAACACCAGAAAUAGCAAAGAAAUCAAGAUUAAGUGAGAAAAUGACAGCUUCCUGUAAAAUGUCCUUAAGAUCAUCAGGACUGAGGACAAGGUCAAAUAAGGUGUAUGCUUCAGAACUGACUCGAUGUAAAAAACUGAUGAAGAAAAAGAAAACAAGAUUGCAUGAGAGCCUUCAACAGAAUGAGAGUGAUGAACACAGUACAAAUGUUAGCCCAGUAGAGAUUGAUGUCAGUCAAAGUAUGGAACAGGAUUGUAGAAAUAAAUCACCAGUAAAUGUGCAAAUUAGUGAAAAUUUUGUACCAAAGGAGAAAGUGGCUGAUGCAAGUAUCGUGUAUAAUUUAAGAAAGAAAUCAGUAAAUGUACAAAACAGUAUCAGUUCUGUCCAGAGAAAUAACAUGUUUGAUGAAAGUGUGAAAAUUGCAGUAAGAACUUCUCCAUGUAUCAAAUCAUUGCAAUAUAAUGAAAACAUAACUAUUAUUUUACAAAGACCUGGAAUUAAAAGUGAAACAAAAACCAGGUGUAUGUAUUGUGGUAGAAAUGUAUGGAAGCUGGCUGAGCAUCUUCAGUGUAGACACUUCAGAGAAAUGGGAGUGGUAGAAAUGAACAAGUAUGGAAAGAACACAUUGAAACGGAGACAAAAGCUACAGCAAAUGAUUGAUGAGGGAUUGCGUCGCCACAACGACGAAGUGCUACAGACAGGAGAGGGAACAAUAAUUCCAGUACAAACACCUGUAAACAUUGAAGGACUUACAUCAGAACAGUUCUGUACAACAUGCUAUACAUUUACAGAUAAGAACUUCUUGGACAUCCACAGACUCCACUGUAGCAGACAGACACCUGAGGAAAUUAAUUUUAAAUUGGUGAAUGAUGUCUCUGAUGAUGAAAUGACAGAGGAGGAAGAAGAAGACUCAAGAUGUGGUUCAUUAGAGAUCUCAGAGGCAAUGAUAAAAACAGUAAAUGAGAAACUCAAACAGGUCCCAAGGAAUGGACAGAUCACUGUUGUUGAUGAAAAGCAACAUAAUGGUGGAUUGAUGUGUGCAUUCUGUCUCAUUGUUCCCUGUCAUUUCUCACGUCAUCUCCAGAAGAAACAUUCAAAUGAACCUAUUGUAAGAGACACGCUUAAACACCCAAAAGGUUCAGCUGAGAGAAAACAAGGUUGGACAGAUAUAAGGAACAGCUUCUGUUUCCUGCACAAUAAGGCAGUCCUAGAGAGAGGGAGGGGGGAAUUGUUGGUUCAGAACACACGUGGAUAUAGGGAUGCUAGUCAGAUGGAGGUGUGCCAGUUUUGUUACGGUCUCUACCGGGUACUCCAGUCUCACCUCAAAAGAUGUCAGAAAAAACUUCUACUGUCUCCUUCCCCAAAAAAGGAAACUCUUUGUGAGUGUAUGUCAAUGUCCGACAAGACCAAGUCUGGAAGGGGAGGCUCUCGACAAAAUGGAUCAGCCAACAACCAAACAAAUGACGAAAUGACUAUACAAGAAUCCACAGAGCCAUCUAACAAUGCAGGGGAUUCAGGAAAUAAAAUCAAGUGGCAAACAAGGUGGAACGGAAAGAAGAAACUUCUUAAACAAAAUUGUUGUUUUUAUUGCAAGCAGUUAAAAAUCAAAAUGUAUAGGCACUUUGAGGAAAAACACAGCACCGAGUCAGAAGUGCAAAGAGCCCUGAAGUAUUCUAAGCAAUCAAAAGAAAAGAGAGAAGUAUUUUCCAACUUGAUUUUUAAAGGAAACAAUGAACACAAUAAACGAAUAUUUCAGCUAGGAAGAGGAACAUUAAUACCUCCCAGAAAAUUACAGGGAAUGACUGAUGGUCCGUUUUCACACUGCCCAGUUUGUUUUUCUCGUGUACGACGGGAUAAUAUGUGGAUGCACAAGAAGCGACGUUGUCAGCAGAAGUUAUCUUCAUCACAGAAAGUUGAUGAGCAUAAAUCAGCCAACAGAAAGAGAAGCAUAUCAAGUCCGAUGAAGGACAGGUGUAAAAAUAGAGGGGCAAGCAACACUGCUCAGGUGGAUAGGAAGGAUAGCUCACUAAAUGGUGAGGAAGAUACAAAUCUCAUGACUCCAUCAGAGGAGAAAAACCUCAGCAGCAGACAAGUGGAGGAGAGUGGGAGCAGCAGACAGGUGGAGGAGAGUGGGAGCAGCAGACAAGUGGAGGAGAGUGGGAGCAACAGACAGGUGGAGGAGAGUGGGAGCAGCGGACAAUUGGAGGAGAGUGGGAGCAGCAGACAAGUGGAGGAGAGUGGGAGCAGCAGACAGGUGGAGGAGAGUGGGAGCAACAGACAAGUGGAGGAGAGUGGGAGCAACAGACAAAUGGAGGAGAGUGGGAGCAGCGGACAAUUGGAGGAGAGUGGGAGCAGCAGACAAGUGGAGGAGAGUGGGUGCAGCAGACAGGUGGAGGAGAGUGGGAGCAGCAGGCAAGUGGAGGAGAGUGGGAGCAGCAGACAAGUGGAGGAAAGUGGGAACAGCAGACAAGUGGAGGACAGUGGGAGCAGCAGACAAGUGGGCAGAAGGCAGGGUGAGGUGGAGGAUUGCAGUGUAUUAAAAGUAGGCUAUGAAACUGGGGGCACUGAAAGAAGGAAUUGCCCUGGGUUCAGUAAAGCUAGAGAGGAAGAGAAUGAUUUAUCACAUGGUGAAGAUGAUGUGGAAAAAGCCCCAACAGAGCUUCUCAACAUUGACUCUGACAAGAACAUUGUUAUGGUGAAGAAGAAAAAUAAGGACCAUCCUUAUUCAUUGAAACACAAUGAGAACAUUUCCAUCUUGCUGUCACUAAAGCAUUCAUUUUGCCUUUACUGCCAGCAGCCAAAGUCUAACAUCAUCAAACACUUGGAAAACAAACACUGUGAAGAAGAAUUGGUAGAGGAAGCCAUCAGAAUGCCAAGAGAGUUUGAGGCGGGAAAAAAAUUGUGGAAUGAUCUUAUUGUCCUAGGUAACAAGAAGCACAAUGACCGUGUCAUACAGGCCGGAUGUGGGGAUCUGGUUCCUCUGAGACGAGUUCAGAAGGCAGCUAACAUCAGCAGAGACUAUGAAUUCUGUUUUACCUGUUACCUUUUCAUCAGGAAAACUGACACCGUACAUAAAUUCUUCUGUGAGGCAUCCAGACAGACAUUUGAUGACACUGAAGAAGAAAAUUUAAGGAUUUCUACUGCAAAUAUUAAGGAAAAAUGUUUCUGCAAAUCCAAAAGUCAAGCCAGAUCAACCACUGAACAAGAUGAGAAUAGGACACAGAAUUAUCAAAUUAGCAAUGAUGGUGCCUUCAACUUUAACCAGAAUGAGAAAUUUGGGAGAGGUGUUAAGCUGCAAAAGAGAAACUGUUGUGUGUAUUGUCAGACACUGGUAGUGAACAUGUCUCGACACCUAAAGCACAUACACUCUGACAAGAUGGAAGUUCAGAGGGCACUGGACUACCCCUUAAAUUCAUUGAAAAGAAGACAGUUGUUUAAAGCGUUACUUAGGAGGGGGAACUAUCAACAUAACAGAAGAGUGGCACAUUUGGGCAGCGGCUUUUUGAUUCCUGUGAAAUUGAGGUACCAUAAGGUUGGUGAUCUGGGAAAAUAUACCCAUUGUGAUGUGUGUUUUGGACUAUACACUAGAUGCAGCUUAAGUAAGCAUAAACGGCUUCACAGAGAACAUCAAGUAAAUGGUCAUCUUAAUUCUCAGCCUUCCUCUGUUGAUGACAAGAGUGCAACAAGACAGAAUUCCCACAGAGCAGUCAGAGAAAAAGUAUCUGUUCAGAAACACAACAAUGAGAUGUCUGAUGAAAGUGACCAGGAGUGGGACAUAGUGGAUUAUAGACGAUUACAGAGGGCUAGAAAUAAACGCCUUCAGAAAUGUAAACGCUCACAUGAAGAGGAUCAAACACAUGACGGGGCAACAGGGGUGAAGAGGAAAAGAAAGGCAAGAAAAGGCGCCACCUUGUGGAGUGAGGAGGAGUUGACAGCUGUGACAGAACACUUUAGUGACCACAUAAAGAAGCUAAAGGUGCCCGGCAAGGAACAAUGCCUGGCUGCCAAGGAGAAAUAUGUAGAAGCUCUGAGGAAGAGAGACUGGAAAAGCAUCAAAUUUUGUGUGUACAACAAGAUCCAAACUCAAAGAAAGCAAGGGAAGAUGGGGAAGGUGGUGGCUAAGAGUACAAACAAGCAGCCCUGGAAUCAACUGGAGGUCUGCGCUGUUGAAAAAAACAUGCAUAAGUUCAUUACUAACUGUGAGACCCCUGGAAAACUGGACUGUCUACGUGUGAAACGCAGGUGCAGCUCAGCCCUCCAAAAUCGCACAUGGCAGCAGAUCAAGUACUAUGUGUACAACCGUGUUCUACAGAUUAGAAAAAUGAAGAAGUAAUACAUAUUCAUAUCUGUGGAAUAACUGCAAUGAAUUCUGUUUGCUGUUUAUUUUAGAUAUAAAACUAACAGUUAAAUUGAGAAUGAGCACUUCAGUUUUAAACAAAGAGUUUUUAGUAUUUUUAGCUCUCCUGAUUGAAAAGCUCAUGUUAGUUUUUUCUGCUCCUAGUUUGUCAAUCUGUCUGUUCACAUUCUUUAUUAAAGCUUUUCCAAAGAAAUCUACUGUUACUCAAGAACACAAAAGUUAUAAUUGGUAAUACUAAUAUACAGUCAAACCUCAUUAUCUCUAACUCAAUUCAAUGAGACUUAGAAAAGCUUCAAUCCUUUGUAGAAUACUUAUAGAAUAAGGGGUUGAGACAUCUAAAUCACUUGACAUAUCCAUGGUAUUCAAAAUAUUAGUGUUCCAGGUACCAAAGUUCAACUGUACAUACAUCCCUUUGUACUGGAGAUUCAAUUUUUUAUUAAAUCAUUGCCCGCAGACCAUGGUUGGGGCUGCAAUGAUAGAUCAAAUUUUUACAUAAAAAUGAAGGUAUAUAAAAGGGGAAAAAAAUAUUUGAUAUGAACAUGCUUGGAAUUUCUUUACCAACAUCUUCGAAAUAUUUUUGUCUUGGAAUUAGCAAAAUUGGGAAAUAAUGAACCAUGUUUAUAUAUAUAUAAAUCAGACAUUGAAAAAUUAGUUCCUCUCCAUUCUGACACUUUUAGUUGCUCUCCAUUCUGAUAAUGUAUUGACUAAGUGUCAAGCAACUGACUAAAAGUGUCAGAAUGUCAAGCAAAUGACUAAAAGUGUCAGAAUGUCAAGCAACUGACUAAAAGUGUCAGAAUGUCAAGCAAAUGACUAAAAGUGUCAGAAUGGAGAGCAACUAAAAGUGUCAGAAUGGAGAACAUCUGACUAAAUGUGUCAGAAUGUAGAGAAUUUUUUUUAACAAACAUGGUUUUCAGUUAUUUUUAUUUCAGAUAUUGCAUGUAUAUGCAAUGUCCUGUCACAUAACAUGUGGACCUAUUAUUCACCAUCAAUAAAUCAUUACAUUAUAAA